AAAGCUAGGGUUCUUCCGCCGCCGCCGCCGCCCCACGGCCUCCUCCGUCACCGCCCACGGCCGCCUCCGCCACCUCACGUCCCCCGCCGCCCCCACGGCCUCCUCCACCGCCGCCCAACGGCCGCCUUCGUCGCCGCCCACGGCCUCCUCCGCCGCCGCCCAAUGGCCGCCUUCGCCGCCGCCCACGGCCUCCUCUGCAACUGCCCCACGGCCACCUCCGCCGCCGCCCACGACCUCCUCCGCCGCCGCCCAAUGGCCUCCUCUGCCGCCGCCCACGGCCACCUCCGCCCUCGUCGUCUGUUCACCACCAACGGACGAGCUCGGGCGCAACCUCCCCAACCAGCGUCGAGCUCAAGAGCUCGAGAUCGCUCGAGCUUCUUCUGCACGAACGGCGCUGACCUCGUGCUCGUCCUCCCUGAACCCACAUCAGCCAAAAAAUCCAGAAGCCCCAAAGAAGUCUCCGCGCACAGUUUCUGGAGUUUCUGUCCGCCGCUGCUUUUCCAAGCUAGCUUAAGCAGCAGCCCAAAAGAAGUGUGCCAUAUACGGGUGGGAGGGCGCGCACGGAGACAAACACACACGGUACGCGCGCUGCGUUGCGUUGUGCUACCACCGACGAUCCAUCGCCGCUUCCUUCCUCCCAUGGCUUCCUCUGCGUCCCACCUCCUCCUCCUCGCCAUGGCGGUCCUCCUCGCCGCCGCGGCGCCCGGCGUGGAGGCAUGGGGCGGCCGCAUGUUCUUCAGCAAGAUGACUCGCCCCGAAGUCGUGGCCGAGGCCGACAAGGCGGCGGACACCACCACGGCGGGCACGACGGAAGCGUUCGACGCCAACAGCGCGCCGGCGGCAUUCUCGUCGCGGCCGUCCAGCGGCGGAAGCAACCGCGGGUACGGCCUCUACGGCCGGCCCGAGGAGAACGAGAAGUACCCGCCGGCCUACUUCCGCCGCGGCGUGCACCACGACGCCGAGAAGCGGACGACCACCAACACCAACGUCGUGCCGGAGGCCGCGGCGGCUGUCCCGGUGCAAGAACAAGAAGAAGAAUCGUCGGGCGAGAAGGAGGAGCCGGCGUUCCCCGAGAACGGCAGCGGCAGGGGCCGGCCGCUGUCGUACAUGCGCCACGGCGGCAAGGGCAAGCGCGGCGACUACGGGAUGAGCGACACGAGGCUGUACCAGAACGGCCGCUACUACUACGACGUGGAGGCCGACAGGUACGGCUACGGCCGCGAGUCCAACCCGGUGCGGACGCGCCCCGAGCCCGAGGACAACGGCUCCGGGUACGGGCGCCCCGGCGGCGAGAGGCGGUCGGGGAGAUACGGCAACAACGAGCAGAACGACGACGGCUUCGAGGAAGACCAGAACGACCAGUACAAUCCAUGAAUGAGACAAGGCACGUGCGUACGUUUCCGCUUGCGAUCAUCGUAUACGUUGUGUGAUAUAUUGCUGAACUGUGCCUAAUUGCAUCACUGCUCCUUGUGUGCUGCAAAGCUAGUACUACAUCGUUGUUACUACUUACGUACUACUACUCCGCUACUUAAGGUUGAGCUACCCAGCUGCCAAUGUGGAAUCGUGAUGAAUCGUAUGUACGGAUGAAUUGCCUCUGAGUAAUGGAGUAUCUACUGAUAUUAAGUUAUUACCA